CCUGUGUUGUUCAGCACAUAAUGGCACAGCAGCGCCACCAGAGGAGCAGAGCACUGCGUAAGAGAAAGAGAGAAAGUGAAACUAAGUUGAUCAACAACAGUAUGGACGCCUAGAACGAUCAAACUCUAUAAACAACAGAAUACUGAAUUAUUCAAAGACCCUAGUUGACACAUCAGAUACUCACAGGCUUUAAGAGGGAAAAAACAAUGGCAUCUUCACCAACUUCAACAAAAGCAAGAAAAAACAGGAGACAGAGUAUCGACAGUUUACCUCCAGCAAUGUCAUCCUCCAUUAGUUCACUGACUGAGGAGCUUCAGUGCUCUAUAUGUCUGGACGUGUUCACUGAUCCAGUCACGACUCCAUGUGGACACAACUUCUGCAAGACCUGUCUGAAUAAGUGCUGGGACAACAGUCAGACCUGCAGCUGUCCAUACUGUAAAGAAACAUUCAAGCAAAGACCUGAUCUCAAGAUUAAUACCACACUACGAGAGCUCAUAGAUCACUAUAAAACGAAAAGUCCUGAGAAAAAGCCUGAUGUUCUGUGUGACAUCUGUGAGGAAAGAAAGCUGAAAGCCCUGAAGUCGUGUCUGGUGUGUCAGAGCUCUUACUGUGAAACUCACCUGGAGCCUCAUUUGAGAGUGACAGGUUUGAAGAAACACAAACUGAUGGAUCCUGUGAGUAAUCUGGAGGACUAUAUAUGUCAGAAACAUGAGAGACCUCUGGAUCUGUUCUGUAGAGAUGAUCAGACAUGUGUGUGUUCAAUCUGCUCUGUGAAAGACCACAAGAACCACAACACUGUUUCUAUAGAAGAGGAGAGUGAAGAGAAGAAGACUGAACUGAUAAAGACACAGAAGGACGUGCAGCAAAUGAUCCAGGACAGAGUCAAGAAGAUCCAAGAUGUUAAACACUCAGCAGAAGUCCGAAAGAGAAACACAGAGAAGGAGAAAGCAGCCCAUGUCGAACUCUUCACUGAUCUCAUCCGCUCCAUUGAGAGAUGUCAGACUGAACUGCUGGAGAUGAUGGAGGAGCAGCAGAAAGCAGCAGAGAAACAGGAGGAAGAGCUGAUUGAAGAGCUGGAGCAGGAGAUCACUGAGCUAAAGAUGAGAAACACUGAGCUGGAGCAGCUCUCACACACUGAAGAUCACCUCCACCUCCUACAGAUUUACUCAUCGCUGUACAGCCCUACAAACACCAGGAACUGGUCUGAGAUCAGUGUGAAGAAUCAUGAGAGUCUGGAGACUCUGAGAAGAGAUCUGACUCAACUGAAGGACACUAUAGAUGAGAAACUCACACAAACUGUCUCUACAGAGCUGAAGUGGAUGCAGCAGUAUGCAGUGGAUGUGACUCUGGAUCCUGAUACAGCUCAUCCUAAACUCAUCCUGUCUGAUGAUGGAAAACAAGUGAGACAUGGAAACAUUAGACAGAAACUCCCAGACAAACCAGAGAGAUUUGAUACAUGUGUAGAUGUACUGGGAAAGGAGGGAUUCACCUCAGGCAGAUUUUAUUUUGAGGUGCAGGUGAAGGGAAAGACAAAAUGGGAUUUAGGAGUGGCCAGAGAAUCCAUUAACAGGAAGGGAGACAUCACAGCAAGUCCCAGUGAUGGAUGCUGGAUUGUGUGGUUGAGGAAUGGAAAUGAAUAUAAAGCCUGUGAUGAUCCUUCUGUCUCUCUGUGUCUGAGAGUGAAGCCGCAGCGGGUCGGUGUGUUUGUGGAUUAUGAGGAGGGUCUGGUCUCCUUUUAUGAUGUGGAGUCCAGCUCUCAUAUCUACUCUUACACUGGUCAGUCUUUCACUGAAAAACUCUAUCCAUAUUUUAGCCCAUGCAAUAAUGAUGGAGGUAAAAACUCAAACCCACUGAUCAUCACACCUGUCAAUUAUAAUAAAUGAUUUUAAACUCCUAUGAAAUCUAAUAUUGAAAUAAUGAUUUUUAUAAUUAAGUUAGCUUGAGAAAGACAACUUACUGAUCUGCUAUUUUCUUCUGAGACUAAAUCUGUCGAUACUAACUCGUCCUAGAGCUUUAACUCUACAAACUCCAAACUCAGUCCAGAUCUUCAGACUGAUCUGAAGUUAGUUGCUGUAUCUUUUCUAACUGAUCGGACUUACGGUUUUCCUAAAAAUGACGAUUAAAAUUGGGAAAAAUCCCAUAGACUUACAUUGACGGAAUGUUCAAAUGAGCAACACUUUUCAAAUUCCAACUGUCAAAACUCCCAGAAUCCUUUGAGACUCAAUCAAACUUCCCUUCUAUGUACUGUAUUUAUAAUCCAUUUAAACUCAUUCAAACUCAUCUAUCUAUCUAUCUAUCUAUCUAUCAUCUAACCAAUACUAUAUAUCUAUGCCUAGCAACCAGAAUGCUAGUAACUUGCUAAUCAUGCUAAUAACAUGCUAACAACUUGCUAAUCAUGUUAAAAACAUGCUAGCAAGAUGCUAGUAACUUGCUAAUCAUGCUAGAAACAUGCUAACAACUUGCUAAUCAUGUUACCAACAUACUAGCAACAUGCUAAUCAUUUUAACAACAUGUUCACAACAUGCUUACAAGUUGCUAAUCACGCUAACAACAUGCUAGUAACUUAUUAAUCAUGCUAGAAAUAUGCUAGCAACAUGCUAGUAACUUGCUAAUCAUGUUUAUAAAAUCGUAAACAUGUUAGGAACGUGCUAGUAAAAUGCUAAUUAUGUUAUCUAUCUAUCUAUCUAUCUAUCUAUCUAUCUAUCUAUCUAUCUAUCUAUUAUCUAUCUCUGACAGACUGUAUUGCUUUCAAAACAUUCAAAUUUUAAUCUUUUAAAACUACUUUAGACUUAAAACUAUUUCAGACUGAAAACCAUCAAACUUAAAACUUUUUAAACUUUUUAAAACGUCUUAAACUUUAUAAACUUUUCAAACCUUUUAAAACGUUCUGUUCCGGUUUCUCAAGCCAACUUAAACAUUUUUAUGUGGUUACAAAUCUGAAACCAUU